AUGAAGGGAACACAAAGUCGUAAGCGCAGGACAUCUGCGGCAGAACAGGCAGAGUAUUAUCUAUGUACGCUAAGCCAUCCUCAAACCGAAUACUCAAGUGGAUUUCAUGGUACGCUCGCCACUAUUUAAAAAA